AUGAAGCCUAGUGGAGCUGAUUCGUUCGUUCGACUUUGCGUGGACCAGGAAAUGUCUAAGUUUAAAGUAAUUUUCUACACAAGGGGCAAGUUUGUAAAAGACCCUGAACUGAAAUAUGAUGGUGGGGAAAUGUAUGCUUUUAGUGGUCAAGAUGUUCACUAUUGGUCUUUCUUUGAGGCCUGUGAUUUAGUGAAGAGUAUUGACCCUGAGUUUGAUUUUAAGAUGGUUAAGAUGUGGUGGAAACAUGAAGAAGGAUCGUUUGAAGCUGAUUUAAAACCAUUCAGAGAUGAUGGAGAUUCUGCUGAGUUGGCUGCUUAUGCUAUUGGUCAUGAAACUGAAGUUGAGAUAUAUUGUGAGCCAAAACCAGAUGAAGGAGAGCUGACUUUUAUGGACUCUGUUAGGCAAAAAGGGACAGGUAAGUCUUGUGCAUCAGAGAAAGAACCAUUAGCUGAAUGCAGUGGAGAUUCAAGUGAUGAGUCUAUCAAGGAUGUACACUUUGAUGACAGUGAGGAAGAAAGGAUGAAUGGGUUUGAAGAUGACUUUGAGGAAGUAGUUGGUGUAGGUAAAUCUAGUGAAAUUAGGAGUCCACCUGUUACAAACAAUGUUGUCCCUAAUGAACCAGACAAUAACAUAUUUAUUACAGAUGAGAUGGGCAAGGCACAUGUAAUUGAGGAGGAAUACAUGACAGAUGAAUUGGAUAGUGGAGCUGAUGAUGAAAGUGGUGAUGAUAGACCAUGUGUUAUAAGGUUCAAUGCAGAAGAAUCUUUCACUAAAGAUUUUGUUUUUAAAGUUGGAAUGGAGUUUCGUUCACUUAUGCAGUUUAAAGAUGCUAUACUAGAGCACAAUGUUCUUAAUGGGAGGGAAGUUAAGUUUGAAAAGAAUGAUGCCAAUAGAUAUAGGGUUGUAUGUAAGGAUAAGGAGAAGUGUGACUACACUGUGCUAUGUAGUAGAGUCCUAACAUCCACUACUUUUAGGAUUAAAACCUUGUAUUCUAAGCACAAGUGUGGAAGACAAUUCUUUAAUAGAUGUGCUAAAGCUGAUUGGGUGGCUAAGGUAAUUGUGGAUGGGUUGAAGAACAACACAAAGAUGAAGUUGAAUGAUGUGGUAGCAGAUGUUAGGCUUAGAUAUGCAACAGAAAUCCCAGGUUGUAGGGCAUUCAAGGCAAGGCAGAUUGCUAGACAGAUUAUGGAAGGUGACUCUAGUAAGCAAUUCAACCUCCUUUGGUCUUAUGGUGCUGAGUUAAGAAGGGCGUCCCCGGGGAAUACAUUCAAACUCAACACAACAUGUUCUGGUGAAGGGUUAAAUCCAAGAUUUGAGAGACCUUUCAUUGGAUUGGAUGGAUGUCACUUGAAGCACAAGUAUGGUGGAAUUCUGCUCAUUGCUGUAGGAAGAGAUCCAAAUGAUCAGUACUUGCCAAUUGCAUUUGGAGUUGUAGAAAAUGACUCAAUGAUGUUAUGUUGUUUGAAAAUUGGGAGACAUAUUUAUGCUGUUUAG